AUGACACCACACCUGCCUGAUGAAGUCUUGGAACAUAUACUGUCCUUUACCGAACUUGUGGCUCCAUUUCAGCUGGAAUGGUGUCCUGAUCGGGGCUUGUCUCCCUUUGACUGCUGCAAGACAUGCAAUGAUUCCCUUGAAGGCUGCUGCUGCUCCUUCUACCAUGCAGCCUACGCAACUGGGUGUACCUGUUGGAGAUUGCCGCUUUCCAUUUUCCUAGUCAAUAAAAGGAUGAAUAGGAUUGCCACUUCAAUAUUUUACUCCAAAAACACUUUUUUCAUUGCUACUCUCCACCGCAGUUGUGUUAUCUGGUCCCUAGAAAAACCACUUUUGGUCCCGACUAUAACCACGGAAUUCUUUAACAGUCUUCCGUCUCAUGCAUUUCCACACCUCCGCUCUAUCACCGUAGGCUUCCUUGACUCUUGGCCCCAUUUUGCCCUCACCCCCCAAGCCAUGAUGGGCUGGAAACAAGGCAUUGAUAUAAUGACCAAAAAGCUUGACCUCCUGAAGCUUACACUAUCACUUGAGAUUGAAGUACCCAGAUAUCUAGGAGAUGGGUGGCUUCAGGCAUGUCAUUCAAUAGUACAUCCCUUAGUUCAUCUGGGCAGGAUCAAGGGGCUAUUUAUCUACCUCUCUGGUCUAGGAAAACGAUAUUAUGAGAACGAAGGAAAACAAUAUGAGACCACGCUAGAAAAGACUGUUCUUGGGGAUAAAUAUGAUGCCGUGCCACAGGAGAAAUAUGAUGCGAAGCUUCCGCUAUGGUAUGAUGGCUACAGCCGGGAAGGCCCGGUUUACCAAGCUGAUGGGCGGGAAUUCUGGGCUCCACCUGAGGAUGGCGACUCAGAUUAUUACUAUGACUAUUAUGGGAAUGCUCUAUAA